AUGUUCGAGCUGAGCGAAGAACUUCAAGCCAAGAAAAUUAUCGACUUUACCGAGGCCGAGCUGGUCGAGGCUCGCUUCAUGGGCGAUGGCGAGUCCCUUGGUGUGCCCGAGUCUGUCAGGUAUAUGGUCCAAAAGAUCAAGGAGCACCCCGAGUCCUUGGGCUUCGUGACGGGCUUCAUGCUGGGCUGUUUCCAGACGGCGGCGCCAAAGGACGGUACCAAGGCGCCUGACUCUCCCGCCCUGAGCGAUGCCAGUAACCUCUUCACUCGAGUCAGCGUCGCGUCGGAUGCUCUUACGCUCGUCGGCUCCAACGUCAUGACGCAGUUCGAAAUGGCCAACUACUACCACGGUCUCCUCGAGGACGACAACGAGAUCCCUCAGCCUUACUACCGCUCCAAUAUGGCGGAGGCUCCCUUCGCGCUGCCUAAAGCCGGCAACCCAUGGUUCAAGGUGCCCGUCAAGAACGUUGAAGCAGUCUUUGACGAGGUGCUCACGCCGGAGCUCUGGGCUGUCGUUGCUGUCGACGUCAUUGCAGUCUUCAAGCGCCGCGGCAUCCGCUACUCCUCCCUCAAGAUGGCGCGGUUCUCUACCCCUGACGAGGCCACCGGCAAGAGGGCUCUUGGCCCGAUCGUCGUCUGGAUCGCCACGCAUCCCGACACUACCGGUCCUGCCCAGGCCCAAGAGGCGUCCCCCGAGAUCCUCGACGUCUUCAAGGGCCAUGGUGUCCUCGGUGUUGUAGCCGAAUGGUACGAGGGCACCGUCGAGAGGCUCGAUGGUCCGCGCCUCAUGGACACCGUCGACGAGACGAACCCGACCUACAGAUACCGUCACCCGUACACUGCCGCUCUCUCCUUGCCCGUCGCUCCCAAGAUCAAGUCGAGAGACGAUGGCCAGGGCACUGUCGGCCUCUUCUUCCACGAAAACCGCGACAAGAACGGCCAGCCUAGUCCGCAUGUUCUCGCCCUCACCAACAAGCAUGUCCUCAGCGCCGAUUUCGAUGCGGACUACGAGUUCCGCGGCGCUGGCGCCCCUCGCGAAGCCGCCAUCGCCGUGUUCCUGAAGGAGGCCGCCCGCUUGGCUGACGAAGUCAAGCGAUUGAAGGCGGAGCCCAAGAGCACAGACGCGGAGAAGGCGCUCGACGACGAGGACGCCUUGGAGGAGAAGAAAGCGGCGUUGCAGAAGAUGGACAGGAGGAACACCAGGCUCCAGGUGUUCUACAAGGAAAUCAGUACCCAGUGGAAGGAUCCCGAGCUCCGCAACAUCGGCUACACCGACUACGCCCCCUCCAUUUCCGCCCGCGUCGAUGAAACGCGCUACACUCGCGACAUCGGCACGAUCCGGCUUGAUCCCAGGAAGUUCGAGGACUUCUUCAGGGGUAACCUUGUCGACUUGGGAGACAAAUAUGCUUCGCACCAACUCGACGAUCUGUUCUGGCCUAACGAUACCCAGCCGGCGUCUCGUCCCAAGUUCCCGACCAACGGCUUGCUCAGAAUCCGCGGUGUUGUCCCGCCCGAGGAGAUGGCGAAGCCCGAGUGCUAUGAUGAGUCCGACAACCCCAUUUUCGUCGUCGGCAAGGUCGGCCAAACGACCGGCUUCAGGCUGGCACGCUUUUCCGCACUCAAUGCCUACACCUGCACUCUUUCUGGAGUCGAGUCUACCGAGAUGCUCUUUUACAACCUCAACAAGUCGUCCGGCGACUUCUCCGCCAAAGGCGACUCUGGCUCCCUCAUCUUCUCCGGCGAUCGUCGCAUGGUCGCUCUCCUUCACUCUGGCGAGGUCAAAGGCUUCAACAGCCUCGUCACGUACGGCUCGCCUAUGGGGUGGGUCCUCGAGCAACUCAAAGUCAAGUAUCCGUUCGCCAACUUUAACGGCGAGACCUUCCACAUCGCCGCCUAA